AUGACGUCUGAUGAUCUUCUGGAUGCAGAUGCUGAUGGAAUGAUAGUGAUUGGAACCAGGUUGACCUCAUUGGCUAUAAGGUCAUCGAUUGGGGAUGUUAACUUAGCCAAUCUGUCUCCCAAGGAGGAGAAGAGGAAACACAAGAAGAAACGUUUGGUGCAAAUCCCUAACUCUUACUUCAUGGAUGUCAAAUGUCCCGGUUUUUACAAAAUCACUGUAGCGUUCAGCCAUGUACAGAUUGUUGUGUUAUGUGUCAGACGCUCCACUGUACUUUGCCAGCCAGGAAAGGCCAGGCUAACAGAAGGCUUUUCCUUCAGAAGAAAGCAGCACUAA